AUGGAUCUUCAAAAAUAUUUGACUUCACCAUCGGUUCGGUAUUCAUCCCAGUCUUCAUUAUUAUCAUUGUCACCUGAACAACAAUUGAGAAUAUCAAAAGAAUUUCCAUUAGAUAAUGAAUUAAAACAUCGUCAUUAUGAUUCAAUUAAUGAUGAUGGUGACUUCUAUCAGAAUUCAGAUUCGAACAGUAGUUCCUUGAUAUUUGAUUCAGAUAUAUUAAAAAAUUCUUCAAAUAAUAAUAGUAUAACACAAAUUGAAUGUAUGAGACAUUAUUCAGAUCAUAAUAAUGGUUCAUCAUCUGUUACACGUUUUAUGGAACAUGUAUAUAUACGUGAAGAAGAUAAUGAUAGUGAUGAUGAUAGUAUAAAUUCAGACUAUGUUAACAAUAAAAUUUCAACGAAAAAAUGUACAUAUAUUGGACUAUUAUCAAUUAUUAUUUGUAUUACAUCAAUUCCAUUUGUAUUUUACAUAUAUCCAAUGUCCAUUUCACUUACAUUACCAUCAUCUCCUUCUGUUCAUGAACAAUCUUUAUCAUCUGUACAGAAAGUCAGAACACAAAAUCUAACCAAUCAGUUAUCCCAAGAAUUUCAAGGUCAACAUAAACGACUUUGGGCUCAAAUUCGUUCUGCUUUAGAAUCACCAUUUCAACAUGAAUAUACAAAUCAUCAAAGGCAAACUACUAAUGAAAGGAUUUCUCCUGUAGUACUUCUCAUUGUCAAUCGUUGUAUACAUCCAAUGGUCAAUGAUCAAUCUAAACAACAUCAUUCUACAUUUAAUCACAAUGAAAAUGGAUCAUUUCAUUGUUUUAUUACACGUCUUGGUCAAUUAGUUAAUCAUUUAUAUUUGUCAAAUUCUAAAAAUUCAUGUUCAAUUAUAAAAGCUCACCAAUUGGACUCUUUAAAUAAACAAAAGUUUGAUCAAAUGAAAUUAGACUUUGACAAUCAACUUGACAACUUAUAUAAAUCUGGUGAACGUUGUUUUCAUUUCAUUUCAAUUGAUCUACUGCCAGUUGAAAUUGUUCUAUUAUUUCAUGGUUAUACAGAUACAGAAAAUUCAAUUUAUUCCAAUUCCAUUUUAUUAAUAAGUUUAUCAAAAAGAUUUGAUGUAUUUGAAUCAUUGAAUUGUACAAAAAAAUCAGAACAUAUUUUACCUGGUUGUCAAACAGCUGGUCAAUUUGAACAUCAAGUUAAUCAGUUUUUACGUUCUUUAUGGAAUAAAUACUUGGGUAAUGAAGAGGUGGAUGCAUUAAUUUCACGUUUAACUACCAAUAUUAUUAUAUUUCAUACAUAUGAUGAUGAUGAUGAUAUCCAAUAG